AAGCAUUAGUUGAAGGCUGGUAAUGUUCAACUACUUGAUAGUUAUCCCUCAGUCAACGGUUUUAUCUGCGAUCUCAAUGUCUCUCGACAUUUAAAGCUCAACCUUUUCGAUUGUUCAUGCUAUAGAAUCUCAUCAAUGAGAAUUCCAACUAGAUUUGUUUGGUUUAAGGUUUCUCUUUUGAUCGGCGUUACUCUCUUGUUUUAUUGGCUUUUAAUCCUACAAGUUGAAUACUCGAGAAAAUUUAAUUCGAAGAAACCAGUUAAAUACAUCCUAAUAUUAGGUUACUAUCGAAGUGGUUCUUCAUUCUUAGGUGACAUUAUACAACAAGCAGCAAAUACAUGCUACAUCUAUGAGCCAUUGCAAUUGUUCACUAAAUCAAAACGCAUCAAUAACGAUGAAAUUGACGAAGCUCUCUACAUAAUUGAAAAUUAUUUUCAAUGUCAAUUUGAUGUUGGACCUUCCGUGAAUUUAAAUAGAACCGAGAUACAUCAUUGGAAUUAUAAAUGGAUGAAAUGGCUGUUUCCAGUUUGUCUAAAUCGCUAUCAAAAAGUUUGUCCAUCAUCAACACAGAAUUUAACCAAAUUAUGCUUGCCAUUGGAAAAUCGAGUGAUAAAAUCUGUUCGACUACCAAUGAGUGCUCUUGAAUUAUUUAUGCUUUCAAUGGAUCCAUUUAUUGAUUUUAACAUCAUCUAUUUAGUACGAGAUCCUCGCGCAAUGUUCAAUUCAAGGACUAAACACCCUUGGUGCACAUCUGAUCCUGAAUGUAUUCAACCACAAAGUAUUUGUCAGCAAAUGAGGGAAGAUAUCAAUACUUAUAAUCGACUAGUUAAACUGUAUCCAAAUAAAUUGUCUGUAACACGUCAUGAAGAUAUCUCCAUGAAGCCUGAAGAAACAGUACAAAGGCUUUACAAAUCAUUGAAUUUACCAUUUACCGAUGAAUUGAAAGUCUAUUUAUAUUUUCACACUAGCAAUCUCCGUAAAAGUGGCAAAUACUCCGUGAUUAAACAUUCAAAAACAGUUGUAAAUCAAUGGAUGAAGCAAAUGAAAAAAGAUGAAAUUGAAGAGGUCCAAGAAUAUUGUGAAGAUGUCUUCAAACUUCUUGGGUAUGUGAAUAUUUCAGAUGAAUUUUUGUCAGCUUUGCAGCCAAACUCAACCAAUGUAUUACCCAGCACUUUUGAAAAUGUUUACUCAUUGAGUAAUGCUAUUUAGCGCAUUUAAAUUAAACAAGCUAAGCAAACAAGCUUUUGGUCAAGAAGCUCCAAUUUAUCUAAAACAUCUGAGCGAUAUUUACCCAAAACGCUUCCUAGCAUUUUGACGGCAUCUUAAAACCAAUCGAUAAUCGUAGUUACCAGUUUCGAUUCGAUAAAGUGGCUCUUGUAUUCGGAUGUAGGGAUGAUGGAUUUAAUUCUCGGACACCUAUUUCAGCAAAUACAUCUUCAUUACUAUUACGAUAUUAGGAUCUCUUUUUACCAUUACAAAAGAUAAUAUUCUCGUUCGUGCCAAUUUUACUUUGCAAAUGGUGAAAAUGGCUCUUAUCAUAUAGCAUCGUACCAGAAGACUCUGGCGUUGACCUAAGGAACAGCCUCAAACGUUUUGUCGUUUUUUAGACAUUUUGCUUGUUGCAUUUUCAAAAACAAUAUACCUUAUUAAAGAGCACAUUCUCGUGAAUCUAAAAAACCUAAACUUCUUAAUCUAAUCCGAUUUUUUACCAGUUUAUUAUUUGAUUUAAAUUUGUCACCCGACUUAUGCCU